UCUGUUUCGCUGGCCGACUUGACAUUUGGACUCUGGCCCUCUCAACACCCAGAUCACGCCCGACCUCUCUGUGCUUGUCCAGCACCCUCUUACCAACAUGGGCGACGAUCCAUCAGCACCCUCUCCGUCGUCUGCACCAACUACAAACCAGCCAGCUACAAACCAGCUAGCUGCUGGUCUCUCCAGCCCUGCAAACCCUCCCCGCCCCACACAAGACGACUACGCUGGCCGUGGGGCUGCUGGUUUCCCGGGAUCGGUUCCGUUCAAAUCCUCCGAGAUGGAGCUCGAGCCCGGGCAGCGAAGCGAGUUGUCGGACUACACGAGACCUGGACGGCCACCAUCGCCGUCGCCAUCGCCGUCUUCCCAUCCAGCCCACCCUGGCCCCGCCGGCGGCCGCUUCUCGUAUCCAGAUCCAUCCUACGACGGACGCCCGCCGCCCGUUGAUCGAGAUCGAGACCGUGAGCGGGACCGCGACGGCGCCGAACCCGAUCGAAGCUGGGACAGGGACAGAGACAGGGAUAGAGAUCGAGACCGCGAUCGAUACCGUGAUUACGAGCGAGACCGGUUUGUUCGAGAUCCAAGAGACCCAAGAGAUCCAAGAGACCCAAGAGACCUACGGGGCGACCCGCGCGACUUGCGCAGUGACAUCCGGGACCAGAGAGACCCGCGACCCGACCCACGACCCGACCCACGACCCGACCCACGACCCGAUGCAAGAGCCGAUCCAAGAACCGAUGCAAGAGACUCGCGAGACUCAAGAGAUCCCCGAGCCUCUUGGGACUGGGAUCGCGACCGGGAUCGCGACCGACGAAGCUGGGACUGGAGCAUCCGCUAUCGCGACAGAGAAGGCGCUGGAGCCAGCAGCGGAACCGGGCCUGUGACAGCCGCUGCGGGAGCAAAUCCCGGCCCAGGAACUCCUGGCCCGGCAUGGAGGGACUGGGAUCGAGAUUACGGCCGCCGCCGCGACCGAGACUGGGACCGCGACCGGGACCGAGACCGAGAGCGGGACUGGGAUCGUGGCCGGGACUGGGACCGCGACUCCAGGGACCGUCGAGACAGAGACUGGGGCUACUGGGACCGCGAGCGGGAUCGAAGUAGAGGACAAGCAUUUGGCCGCGAGCGGGCUCCCUCGGCCUCGGCCUCGGCCUCGACAUCGACUCUGCCGGCCCCAGCUACGGCCGGUGUUGGGCCGGCACUGUCCGGCACUGGCCCAGCCCCGAUAUCAAGCCCGACUGCCCCGACCCCGAUCGCAGCUACUGUCGCUGGUGCAACUACCGCCCCAUCUCCGAGCGGACCGGCUCCCACCUCGACUCUGACCAACGCUGGAAGCAUCGGUCCCAACCCUUCGACGCCUGGUGCCCCGCCUACCACGCUCGGCAAUCCCAACAUCUCGCCCGGUGUCUGGAACCGCUCCUGGGACCGCGAACGCGAACGCGAUUGGGACGAUCGAGAUCGAGACCGAGGCCGAGAUUAUGAACGCGAUCGAGACCGGGACCGCGAACGGGAGUGGGAUCGCAGCCAAGAGCGAGAUCGACUCUGGGAUCGAGAACGAGAUCGAGAACGAGACUGGGAUCGAGAUCGGGAGCGCGAACGAGACCGGGAUCGUGAAUGGGACCGGGACUGGGAUCGAGAUCGACCUCGAGACUGGGACCGGGACCGGGACCGCGAUCGGACCUGGGACCGAGACCGCUACCGAGAGAAGCCGCGCGAGCCAGACUGGGAUCGAGAUCGAGACCUCCGCAGCCGCGACCGAGACUGGGAUCGAGAUGCAGAAGGCCUCUGGGACCGCGACCAGGAUCGCACUCUGGAUCGCCGCGAGCGACCUUGGGACAAGGAACGGGAUCGCCGAGAGAAGCCCCUUGGUCCCGAACGGCCAGCGGAGGCUCCGCCCCGGGCCACCAGCGAAGGCGAGUACAGCGGGGACGACCGCGAAGGUCCCAGCGAUCCCCAGGGCCGUUUCCGAGACCGCGAGCACGAACGCUAUCCUCCUUACGAACGAGACUGGUAUUCCGACGCCGACCGACUCCGCCGCCGAGACCGACUCGGCCGCCCCGAUGACAAGAUGGACUUUCGGCGAGACCCGCGCGGCCUCCGCGAUCCGGACGACCUGCGGCGAGACUUCUAUGAGCGUAGCGACCCGUAUCAUCCUGGUCAGCGCGAGUGGUCGCGUGGUCGCGAGGCCGCUGACCGGCGAGAGUCUGUUGGUCCCCACGAACGACUGCGCGAAAUGGAUCCGAGAGACCCUGCUGCAAGUAAGCCUCCCCAAGAUUCCUUGAGUGCACUGCCUGGCUCUUCGGAAGUACCGACGCCUGCCCGACCUGGAGACCCGUCGAGCACAGCUUCGACCGACACAUUCGCCCGCCCCCUGGCUGACGAGCGCAACCGAGAGUCGGCACCGGAUCAAAGCGUCGACAUGGACAUGUCGGAGGGCAGCCAGACAGACAUGCUCGCGGACGAGCCGGGCAACAGGGAUGCCUCUGGUGCUGCCUCUUCCUCAGCAAAAUGGGCCUCUGGCGAGCCCAGCACCGCGGGCGCGCAAUCUUCGCACCCAGCGGACACAUCCGGUCGUCGACAAGACAGCGCCCAAGCAUCUCAGUACGGGGAUGGCGCUGCCGGUCCUCAGGGCGAGUCCUCUGGCUUUGGUCGCCAAAGCGACAGUAGCUACGACCGCUUUCCCGAGUACCGCGGCAGAUACGAAGGCAGCGGCCGCGACUACAGCUCGUCGCGAGACUAUCCGCCUGCACGAGACUUGCGCGGCAGCCCGUUUCCCGCUCGCGACGGCCGCGAUCGAGGCGGGUACUAUCCGCGGUCGGACGACUCGUUCUCCCGCGGUCCGUCGCGCUCCGAUGAUCAAUGGGGAUAUGGCCGGCGGCCGCCGCAUCAACCGCUGCAUCGUGGGCCUUCGACUCCACGGGGCCAGUAUGCUCCGUAUGACGACCGCAAGAUCCACAGUGGCCCGUUCCUUCCAGGACAGCCAUCGCCAGUCGCGGCCCAUGCGAUCCCACGCCACUUGCAAUCUUCCAACUCGCCGCUUUCACCGACAACAUCAGCAUCUGCUCCGCACAUGAGCGGCCAUCACGGAGGCUCCUCUGGAUAUGGCCCGUACCAGUCCCCCUCCUCCUACCCCCUCCGACCAGGCAGCCACGACUCGCCCUUGCCUCGCUCCCAGUCCAUGCGCCACCAAAGCCCCGGCACCUACGACAUUCACCGCACCGCCUCGCCGCGUCCCGACGGGUACUCCUCCCAAGCAGCAGCCCUUGGCCCCACUCCGGGCCGAUCUGGGUCUGGAUCGUAUCACUCUGGCACGCCGUACGGUCCUGGAGGGCCGCAGCAACCCGUGUCGUCCCAGACCAGCACUUCGCAGCCGCAGGGCUCCGGGUCGUUCUCUGUGUCUGGCCCACCACUGCAGCCAAACUACAUCAAGAUGAACUGGGACAAGAUGCCCGAGAGCCUGCGAUUUGCCUGGAUGGAGGGCAAGGACGAGAAAGAUGUCGAGCGGUUCCAACAGGAGAUCGAACGAUUCCUGGUCGACGAGGACCAGCACCUCCGAGACCUGCGCAAGCAGCGGUUCGAUCUGUAUCUUGCUGACUGGGAAGUUGAAAAGUACGUUCGGCAGUAUGAUGUCCUGGAGCUGCAGCUCCGACACAUUGACGACCCGGCCUUCGACAUCAACGAUACGAUCGCGCAGCUGUAUCGCAAUGAGGACAUGGCCAUGAUCAAAGAUGAAGCCGUCCCUCAAGAUCAGACCUUGCCUGAUGCAGCUGUCGCUGUUGCGAGCACUGUAACCAAAGCAGAGGAUGCGUCGGUGUUCUCCCCGAGUGUGCGCGACCUGGGUCCGUCAGACCCGAUGGAUACCACGGCCUAGAGACCGAACGUAGUUGGGGCAGAGGCAAUCGCCCGAACCGAAGCUGGGCAAGGAUCGACAAUAAUGACGAGAGUUUUCUAC